GGGACCGGCCCGCACCCGGUGUUGCGGCUGCUGUGCGGGGCCUGGCUGGCUCCACGUCACCGGAGCGGGGCCGGGUACGGGGGCGAGCGCUGUCAUCACCUUCACGUCGUGCCGCGGCAUGUCCUGGCCCCGCCAUCUCCUUGUAACCGGCACGGCUGCGGGCUGGCGUCGGACACUGUCAGCACAGACGGUGAGAGCACAGAGACGGCAAAGGAGAGGCAGAAGACAGGAUAAGGGGGUGCCAGGGGGCCUCUUUGCUGGCCAGGCUUCCCCGGCGGGUUUCCCGUGGCCCCCAGGUGAAACCACAAGAAGGGACUUGAUGUGGGUUGUGCCCUCCAGAGGCAGGCGCCCGCGGCACCAUGAACCGGAUCACGGUGUAUGAGCGUGCUGACUUCGAGGGGCUGAGCCGGGAGUUCACCUGCGAUGUGCCCGACCUGCAUGAGCUGGACUUUGGGAACUGUAUUGCCUCCCUGAAGGUGGUGGGGCAGCCCUGGAUCGCUUACACGGACCCCAAGUAUGAGGGGGAGCCGCACGUCUUUGAGGAGGGUGAGUACCCCUCUGUGGAGCGGCCCAACAGCUUCUCCGCACUGCGCCUGGUGCACCACGAACUGGGGGACCCUCAGAUCACCCUCUACGAGCGCCCCAACUUCCAAGGUGCCUUCAAGGUGGUGACGGAGGAGACCAACUUGGCGUACGGGUACUUCAAUGACCGGGUGGCCUCCCACGUGGUGCAGCGAGGCGUCUGGCUGCUCUACCAGCACCCCGGCCGGGGCGGGUGGCACUGCCUGGCAUGGCCCGGCGAGCGUCUCGCUGACUACAAACCUGAGCUGAACUUCCAGGCUCGGCUGUCCCACCUGCGCCCGCUGCAGCCGGGGCGGCCCCUGGUCUCGGCGCGUCUCCUCUGGGAGCAGAAGCGUGUGGAGGCAGAGCGGGAGGUGCUGGUGGAUGAGAUCGAGGGGCUGAACGAGACGGAGUCGGAGCAGGUGCUGGCGGCCAGCAGCAGCCGGGAGUACAGCACCACGCUCUGGCAGAGCUUCCAUUUCAGCAACGCCACCAGCCUCAAAGCCGGGCUUGCCUUCACGCUGACCGUGGAAGCCUCCAACAUCUUCACGGUGCAGAAAGGACGCAGUGAAUCCAGCACCCGCCGGGAGCGCGUGGAGGUGCAGCUCCCCGCUAAGAUCCCCCCACGCACGGCGCUCAGCAUCCAGGUCUUGCGGAAGGAGGUGACUCUCUCCGUCCCGGUCCUGCUCACCAUCACCCAGAACGAAGCCGUUCGUACGGAGAUGGGCGAGUACCGCAGUGUCUCGGGCACCAACAUCUGUGCCCGCUAUAGCCUGAAGCCUCUGCCGGCUGCGGGCAAGGAGCAGGCGGCCACUAAGGGGACAGAGCCAGCGUCCGGCGCACAGAGGGAGCUGUAGCUGUGGCUCUGCUGUAUCACCACUCUGUCCCCUCAGCGCCGUGCGACACCAGCACUGUGCCCCGCUUGCCCACAGAGGAGCCAGGACCCGCCUCGCCUGGCUGUGCCGGGUGGCUCUGACUGGCGGAAACUGACGGUGCCUCCUCCUGCUACGUGUGGCCAAUAAACCUCCUUCCCCAA